AUGCAAUUGAGCUUGAUAUAUCUCGCAAUAGUUGCCCAUCUGGGAGCAGGCAAUCAAUGGCCUGCUGAAAUAGAAAAGUGUCGCUACCAUGACGAUGAAUGUCUCCUGCGCAGCAGCAACUCGGUAAUUCGACGAUAUGGAAAAACUGGAUUAGCUCAGAUAAAUUUGGAACCAUUGGACGCUAUAAAAGUGCCCCCCUACGCACUUCAGCGGGGGAACCGUGAUCAACCCUUCUGGCACGACUGGGAAGUGAGUGACCAAUGGGUCUACGGUUUCGAAAACAUUACUUUUACCACAGCCAAAGGAUUCGACCGAGAUCCGAGGCACUCACAGGUGGAGGUACACGGUCAAAUACCCAGCGUGACGUCUACGGCCCAAUAUCAAUUCUAUUCCCAAUUCCUCACAUUGAAAGUGAAUUCGAAAGGUCGAGGCAAAACGGACUUCCAAAACUUUCGGUUCGUUGUUAAAUUCUCGCUCACCACUGACGACAAAGGAUAUGCUAGAGUCUACAAACUUAGUCUUCAUUUGGGUUUGGACCGCUGGAUUCAGCAGAUCGAUGAUCUGUUUGUGGGUAACACAGAUCUUUCCGUUAUUGUAAACGAAUGGAUCAACAAAAACUGGAAUGAGUAUUGGGUGGAUAUCGAACCGGAUGUGACGGAAAUCGUGCGUAUGGUGAAAACUGCACCUGGAACUCAGAAGCUUUUCAGCUUAACUCUGUUGAUCGACACUGUGAAGAAUAUUGAAAAUAAUCUUAGGUACAAGUUAUAA